AUGAAUCAGUCUUCUAACAGAAGAAAUAAACAAAAUCAAAUCGGAAAAUAUUCAGCAAUAUUUACUGAUGAAAACAAUCAUUCAUUUAAUAGCGGUACAACAUUAUCUUUACAAUCAAUGGUAGAUGAUAUACCAUUUGAAUUUAAUCCUAAAUAUCGAACUAUUAUUGCUCCUAAUAUAAAUAUUCCUGAAUAUGAUACAACUAAGAUUCAUAUAAUAUUCUUGCCACACCAGUCAUUAACUGUUUACAAAAAGAUAAAAUAA